AUGAGAGGGUGGUUCUCUAUUGGGCUUAUUGCUCUUCUCACCAAGACCUCGACUUGCUGGCCUUACGAUGAGUCUUUGGUUGACUACAACUUAAAUGAGAACAAAACUGCGACAAACCCCGCAGAGUACUGGGGAGAAUGGCCAGACCACGAGGGCAAAUAUUUCCCUUCCCCAGAUAAUUGGCGUUUCCCUUUCUACACCAUCUUCUUGGACCGAUUUGUCAAUGGCGACCCUACUAAUGACAACAUCAACGGAACACUAUUCGAACACGACCUUCACUCGAACCAGAUGCGCCACGGUGGUGAUGUAGCUGGCUUGGUCGACACAUUGGAUUAUCUCCAGGGAAUGGGUAUCAAGGGUCUUUACCUCGCUGGAACAUCUUUGAUGAAUCAACCUUGGGGAUUUGACGGAUACUCAGCUCUGGAUACAACCUUGCUUGACCAACAUUACGGUACGAUUCAGAUCUGGCGCAAUGCCAUUACUGAGAUCCACAAUCGAGGAAUGUAUGUCCUCUUUGACAACACUAUUGCUACACUCGGUGACCUGAUCGGCUUCGACGGAUAUUUGAACACAACCGCUCCUUUCACAGUGAAGGAGCACCAGACAACCUGGAAGACCGAUCGACGAUAUGUGGACUUCGACAUUGGUCAGGAAUACAAUGCUACCUGUGAUUACCCUCGCUUCUGGUUCGAAAAUGGAUUUCCCGUCAACGAAUCCCAAGUGGAGGGCCUAGUCGGCUGUUACAACAGUGAUUUUGACCAAUACGGCGAUGUUGAGGCCUUUGGUGUGUUUCCCGAUUGGCAACGAGAACUUGCCAAGUUUGCUUCGGUGCAAGAUCGUCUCCGAGAAUGGUAUCCGCCAGUUCGAGAGAGAUUGAUCCGUCACUCCUGUAUGAUAAUCGCUUCUUUGGAUAUUGAUGGGUUCCGUUAUGAUAAGGCCACUCAGUCGACGGUUGAUGCACUCGGAGACAUGUCAGCCGCCUAUCGAGAGUGCGCUCGCGCUGUUGGAAAAGAGAAUUUCUUCAUCGCCGGCGAGAUCACAGGUGGUAACAACUUUGGAUCGGUGUAUCUAGGCCGUGGUCGUCAGCCUGAUCAGUAUAUAAGUGCGAUCGAUGCCAUGAACUCAACAAACGAGACUUCGGCGCAGUACUUCCUGCGCGACCUGGGACAGGAGGCGAUCGAUGGUGCAGCUUUCCACUACUCGACAUAUCGUGCUCUUACCCGAUUCCUGGGUAUGGAUGGACAACUUUCAGCAGGAUUUGACGUGCCCGAUGAUUUCGUUACUGCUUGGAACAUCAUGCUAGGAUCGAAUGAUAUGGUGAAUGCAAAUACCGGAAAAUUUGACCCUCGGCACAUGUUCGGUGCUACCAACCAGGAUGUCUUCCGCUGGCCUGCCGUUCAGUACGGAGUACAAAGGCAGCUUCUGGGGUCUUUUGUUACCACCCUGCUUCUUCCAGGUAUCCCUCUUCUUCUGUGGGGUGAAGAGCAGGCAUUUUACAUCUUGGAUGCCACUGCGUCUAAUUACAUUUACGGACGACAGUCGAUCUCACCUGCAAAUGCCUGGAGGUCCCACGGUUGCUUUGCUUUGAAUUCAUCCCAGUACUACCAGUGGCCCCUCGAGUCUGCCCGUGAAGGAUGUCACGAUGAAGCCGCCGCCUACGACCACCGUGAUCCCAGCCAUCCUCUGCAUAACAUCAUGAAACACAUGUAUCAGCUACGUGAGCAAUUCCCAGUUCUGAACGAUGGAUACAGUGUUCAGGCUCUUUCCAAUAUCACAGAGCAAGUGUUUUAUCCUGGUUCUGCCGGUGUGCCUACUGAGACUGGAAUGUGGUCGGUUCUUCGCGACGUUAAUUCCGCAGUGCAAAACCUGAGUUCCAAUCAUGAUGCCGAGAACCAGCCUGUCUGGCUGGUUUACCAAAAUGUCAACCGAACUAUGCAGUACGAGUUUGAUUGCACUGACGAGGACCGUGCUCUGAUUGCUCCAUUUGACACCGGAACUCGCGUGGUGAACCUGUUCUAUCCCCACGAUGAGUUAACCCUAGUCGAUAGCCCAACCAAGCUUGGUUUGGAUGGAUCAACAAAGUUCAGUGGUUGCUAUCCUAAUUUGACUUUGAGCGCAUAUGAGUUCCGUGCAUAUGUCCCUAAAUCCAACUUUGUUGGUCCUCGUCCGAUGGUCACCAAAUUCACCCCUGGCCAUGACUAUCCCAUCCAGUCAACCGUUGCACCUAACCUUCCGGAGGAUGUGAAAAUCGAGCUAUACUUCUCCGAAGAGAUGAAUUGCACUUCUGUGACAGAUGGCAUAUCUUUUAACUCGUCGACUGAAAUUGGCAAGCUCCCAUCAAUUAACACCAAGUCGGUGAACUGCACAAACAUUCCAGCAACCAAUACUUCAUGGAGUGGAGAAAUUCCUAGUCGUUGGAUGUGGGCAGCAACCCUUACCGAUGUCUAUAACGGAGUGCAUCGAUUGAACUUGAACAAUGUCACCAAUGCUGGCAAUAAUGCCACCACCAACGCAAAUGACCAUUUCCUCUUCCGAAUUGGUCAGCUCGAUAAUCCGAUGAUCUUCAGCUCAGCGAAUUACUCGAUUAGUUUGCUUCACCAGCAGACAGAGAACGAUACCCUUUUCAUUCAGCAUCACGCUGCUGGUGCUGACAAAUACCGUUAUUCCACCAACUGGGGAACCAGUUUCUCUGACUGGAAGACCUACAAGGGUGGCAAUGAUACCAUUGAUCGACUUGCGUGGUCUGGAACCAAGAGUCAGGAAUGGAAGGGAGAUCAUGUGCGUGUCGAGUACUGGAGUCGAUUGACUGGGAGCAGUGAUUAUAUGCAAGAAGGCGAUGCAAACUGGAAUUCCCAGAUCCAGCGCCGUUUCCCUCAUAUCUUCUUCAAUGGUCCAUACAACGAGUACGGCUAUGAUGGUGGUCUUGACAACGUGAUGAAACUUGAUGAGAAAGAGGGAUACUGGAAAUACCACUUCACGUCAGAAUGGCCCGCAGUUGGUCAGCUCAACAUCUGGGGAAUCAAUCCAGACGGACAACCAGAUCAGUCUUGGGUUCUUGGCGAUAUCGACGACGACUAUGUGUUGGACCGAAUGCCACCAUCUAGUCUUUCUGCUACCCUGAUCAAUAUCACCUACGCCCCAGCUGCUGGCUACCUCUCAUGGGAAGUCAACAUUGACGAUGCUACUCAACGCUACCAUUUGGUGCCUAAGGGAAACCAGAAGAUUCAGAUCGCCAUGUUCGUUCUUUUCUGGAUCGUGCCAAUUUUGACUGGUUCCGCUUGUGUCUACAUCUUCGUGAAAUCCUUCUACAAAGUCAAGUUCAACCAGGUUGGUAUCAGUGAGAAGCGUGGUCUGGCUCCGAUGGUGCUGUUGAAGAGAUUCAAGCUAUCUCACACUUCAAAAGACGAAACCAACAAUGGCUUCUUGCGUCGCGCAAACAAGUCUGGAUUCAUGCAAAGCACUACUGCAUUGGCUGCUGCUGCUUCAUGCAAGCGUCGCAUGGUCCUCAUCGCCACCAUGGAAUAUGACAUCGAGGAUUGGGCAAUCAAGAUCAAAAUUGGUGGUCUUGGUGUCAUGGCUCAGUUGAUGGGUAAGACUCUCGGGCACCAAGAUCUGAUCUGGGUUGUUCCUUGCGUCGGUGGCAUUGACUACCCUGUGGAUCAAGUCGCAGAGCCCAUGACCGUGACCAUUCUGGGCAGUGAAUACAAGGUCCAAGUGCAAUACCACGUCCUGAACAAUAUCACCUAUGUGUUACUCGACGCACCCGUUUUCCGUCAGCAGUCUAAGUCUGAGCCAUAUCCCGCUCGCAUGGAUGACCUUGACAGUGCUGUUUACUAUUCCGCAUGGAACCAGUGUAUCGCAGAAGCGAUCAAGCGUUUCCCGAUCGAUCUCUACCAUAUUAACGAUUAUCACGGCUCUCUCGCUCCCUUGUACCUCUUGCCUCAAACCAUUCCCGCUUGUUUGUCCCUCCAUAAUGCCGAGUUCCAAGGUCUUUGGCCCAUGCGCACAUUGAAGGAAAAACGUGAAGUUUGUUCCGUCUUCAACCUUGAUGAAGAAACCGCUCGCCGGUACAUCCAGUUCGGAGAAGUCUUCAACUUACUCCAUGCGGGUGCAAGCUACCUCCGUGUUCACCAGCAAGGAUUUGGUGCCGUUGGAGUCUCAAAGAAGUACGGCAAGCGAUCCUAUGCCCGUUAUCCUAUUUUCUGGGGUCUUCGCAAGGUAGGAAAUCUGCCCAAUCCUGAUCCCUCAGAUGUGGGAGAAUGGACAAAACAGCCCACCGAAGAGAAGGACAUUACAGUCGAUGCCCAGUACGAGGCCGGUCGUGGAGAACUGAAAAGACAAGCCCAGGAGUGGGCAGGUCUCGAUCAAAACCCCGAUGCCGAUCUGUUGGUCUUCGUUGGUCGUUGGUCUAUGCAGAAGGGUGUUGAUUUGAUCGCCGACGCGAUGCCAGCAGUCCUAGAAGCUCGUCCCAAUGUUCAACUGAUCUGUAUUGGACCCGUGAUUGAUCUUUAUGGAAAGUUUGCCGCGCUUAAGCUCGGUCGCAUGAUGGAGGUUUACCCGGGCAGAGUGUACUCAAAGCCUGAGUUCACUGCUCUCCCACCAUUUAUUUUCUCUGGAGCCGAAUUCGCCCUUAUCCCAUCUCGUGAUGAGCCCUUCGGCCUUGUUGCAGUGGAAUUCGGUCGUAAAGGAGCCCUGGGUAUUGGAGCACGCGUUGGCGGCUUGGGUCAAAUGCCAGGCUGGUGGUAUAAUGUGGAAUCUACAUCAACAUCGCAUUUGCUUGUCCAGUUCAAAUUGGCUAUCGAUGCUGCGCUCAGCUCAAAAACUGAUACUCGUGCGAUGAUGCGUGCCAGAUCUGCCAAACAGCGCUUCCCCGUUGCGCAGUGGGUCGAGGAUCUCGAGAUCUUACAAUCAACAUCGAUUCAGGUUCACAAUAAGGAAAUCUCCAAGGGUCAUGGUGUUGGUCGUACCCAGCCAUCAUCUGGUACUAGCACACCUGGUGGAACAGUGGGGGCACCAAAUAUGACCUUGAGUCCAUUGCCUUCGCCAGGAAUUCACUCCGCAUUCCCGCAGUCCAGGGAUAGCGCAUACUCCAACUUCAGCCAGAACACCGAUCUGGGCUCACCAAAGCGCACCUUGUUCAGUCGCGAUGGUAUGCCGUCUGAAACCGAGAAGCCUAAGUCUGGUUUAAGUCGGUCUCUAUCACUUGGUGUUCGUGUUGGUCCCGGUCAUUCCGGACGACGUGAACGUCGCGCUGAGAAUGAUGAUGAUGCGCAGGGCUCUGGUGAUAGCAGUGAUGUCGAUGCUAUUGAGGAAGAAAGCAGUGAUGAGCAUAGUGUUUAUGGUGAUGAGGAGUACACUCUGACUUCUGCUCAGGCUGAAGAGGGGAGACAGGUGGCUCACCGACCCAUGUCCUCGCAUAGUAGACGUCCUCCAAGCCAGGAGUAUGUCCAGCCCAGAUACAUGACACCUCUGGCAAGCCCUGGUACACCACCAACUGCUGAUCAGCUACUCCUGCCACCUCAACCCAUUCUGGGUAACAGCCGGUUCAGCAAUGCCUCGGUUCUGUCACUUGACUCUGUUGUUGGAAACAAGAAGGACUUCAAGUUGCAGAAGGUCGAUCCUUUCUUUACUGAUGGCAACGGUGACUACUAUCAUAUCUUUGAACAGAAGCUGGCCGAUCUGAACGGAGCCAAUUCUGAGGGACCACUUUGUAUCGAGGAAUACUUGAUCAAGAGUGAGCAGGAAUGGUUUGACAAGUUCCGCAAUGCCAGACUCGGUCGUCACAACAAGGAAGCCACUCCCUCUAUCAUUCGUUCAAGACACAAUGGCUCUCCGACUGCAUCCUUUAACGAUGAAGCACUUUCCCAUAUCGCUGAUAGUGAAGACCACGAAUCAGACGAUGAUGAGUUCCUCCUUGGAAAAGACUACGUUCCCCCGACCGGACUUAGAAAGUGGAUGCAGAUCAAGGUUGGCGACUGGCCAAUUUACUCUCUUUUCUUGGCUUUGGGUCAGAUCAUCGCGGCAAACUCAUACCAGAUCACUUUGCUCACAGGCGAGGUUGGAGAGACUGCUGAAAAGCUUUAUGGCAUUGCCACCACCUAUGCUAUUACAUCUGUCUGCUGGUGGCUGGUAUACCGGUACUUCAAGUCAGUUGUGUGUCUUUCAACGCCCUGGUUCUUCUAUGCCAUCGCUUUUCUUUUGAUCGGCUCGGCUCACUGGGUGGACGAUUCUUUCAAUCGUGGAUGGGUACAGAACAUUGGAAGUGGAUGCUACGCAGCAGCUUCAUCCAGUGGUUCUAUUUUCUUUGCCUCGAACUUUGGUGAUGAAGGAGGUGCGCCUGUCAAAACAUGGAUCUUCCGUGCCUGUGUUAUCCAAGGUGUUCAACAGGCAUAUGUGAUUGCUCUCUGGUACUGGGGUUCGACCUUAAGCAAGGCAAACAGUGCGGGUUUGUUAAGUGCAGACAACACUAUCUCCAGUACCUGGAAGAUGACAGCCAUUUGCUAUCCCAUCGCGCUCCUACUCUUUGCCAUUGGUCUUCUUCUCAUCUUUGGACUUCCCGAUUACUACCGCCAGAAGCCAGGCAAGGUGCCUUCUUUCUACAAGUCUCUUUUCCGUAGAAAGAUCGUGCUCUGGAAUUUCGUCGCCGUUAUUCUGCAGAACUUCUUCCUCAGUGCCCCAUACGGUCGCAAUUGGAGCUUCCUCUGGAAUUCCAUCCACACUCACCCCUGGGAGAUCGUCCUUCUUUGUGUAGUCUUCUUUGGAUUCAUUUGGUGCGCUUUCCUCUUCAUUGUAAGCCGCUUCUCCAAGCGACACAGUUGGUUCCUACCCGUCUUCGCCUGUGGUUUAGGCGCUCCACGUUUCAUUCAAAUCUGGUGGGGUGUCUCCGGCAUCGGAUACUAUCUCCCUUGGGCAGGAGGAUACACCAGUGGAGCUUUAGCAUCACGCAGUAUCUGGCUGUGGCUUGGUGUCCUCGACUCUAUUCAAGGUCUUGGAUUCGGUAUCAUCCUUCUGCAGACUUUGACUCGCGUUCACAUGUGCUUCGCACUUAUUGCGUCUCAAGUCCUUGGAUCUAUUGCAACGAUUUGUGCUCGUGCUUUUGGACCUAAUGGCGUUGGCCCUGGUCCAAUUUCUCCAGAUGUGACUCAGGGUGUGCAUUCUAUUGCAAAUGCUUGGUUUUGGGUGGCGUUAUUCUGUCAGCUUUUGAUUUGUGCUGGAUUUUUGUUGUUCUUCCGGAAGGAACAGCUCUCGAAACCAUAA